CAUACUAGCUAAUUAGUGACCCCAGUUGGAUGUAAUGGGGCUAAAUUAGAAACCGAGCCCAGCUGUGGUGGUGAAGCAGGCAGAACAUUACUCACUAGGGCUGGGGACUCAGUAGAGGAGGAAGACCCUGGAGAAAGGAACAAAGCAGGUUCCCCUCGAGGAAAAGCCUGAGGAAGUCAAGUGUAGAGACCCACCUGGAGCAGAAUCAGCUCCUGAGGGGUAGCCCUGAAUGAAGCCCUACAUCGGGGAAGAGAAGAGAGGCCCAGGAGGGGUGGGAAACCAGUUCAUGUGGAAAUUUGGACUCCCAACGGGGAAAAAGCCUGGAAAGUCAAUGCCUUGACAAGAGUGAGGAGAACUGAGAGAAGCCCAGGAGGGCUGAAGGACCUUUUGUGUAUGUCAACUGGGAUGCUGAGUACCCCAGAAGCGGAGCGAACCAUUGCAUGACUUCGCUGGAGGAGAACACUCUGAGGGUGGUUCUCCUGAUUCACAGCCCUGCUUACUGGCGUGCUCUCUUCUCGGGCUGUACAUGCCAUGGCUGGGGACGUCGUCUAUGCUGACUUAGACAUCCCGGGAGCCCGCUUACCUCAUUCAUCUCAACCCCACAAAUUCCAUCAGUGUCCACACUGGCAUCAACUUGUCUUGAAGAUCGGAGCUGCUGGGUAUGUUGUCCUGCUGAUGACAGUCAUAGUGCUGAGUGUUUGGGUUUUUCAGGGCUCCUCAGGGCGUGGACUGGCUCCCGAAGGCAAUGUGGUCUCCAAGAGACCCAGAAACGAAAGUAAAUGUGUCGGCAGCCUGGAGAAAUUGUCUCACCUGAAACAGCACCUGUGUGACCCACCCCAAAGCAGCUCAACAGAAGGCUCCAGCUGCGUACUUUGCCCCCAGGACUGGCUGCCGUACAAGGGAAAAUGUUACUGGGUGUCUAAAGAAACUAGAAUGUGGAACAGCAGCCGUGAUGACUGCUUAACGAAGAGCUCUCGUUUACUGGUGACCCAGGACCAGGAGGAGAUGGUUUACAUACAGACGAUCACAACCGAGAAAAAUUCUCUUUGGAUUGGAUUAAACUUUAAAUCUCCCGAGAGGACGUGGAUAUGGGUAGAUGGCUCCCCCUUCAAUAGAGACCUCGCAGGGAAACCCGGUGGAAGGGACUGCGGGGUGUUAAAAAGAAACCAGAUUGCGUUGGAAACCUGCAGCGCUGAAUUAAAAUGGAUCUGCCAGAAAGACGCGCUCCUGAUCUAAGCAAGGCCGUUGCAGAACUGACAGAGGAGAGGGCUUCUGUCUGGGUCUGCCCCAAGAAGAUUAUUGUAAGGGCUUUGUAACUUCCGUUGUUCCACUGUUUGAUGCAUCUGGGGCAGGAUCUCAGCUGAUGUAAAUCAGCACGGCCUCGUUGGCAGAGCUGUGGGCCAGUUUACACGAGAUGGGGAUGCUGCUGACACUGAGGUGGCCCCCGAUGGUUGAUUCACUGCUUCAGCUACAUGUUCUCCUGCACGGCUCUUUCCCCACCCUGCUUCUCUCUCUCGCUGAGAUUCGUGGUGGGGACUGGACCCUGCCGUCAACCUGGGUUGUUUAAACCUGGUGCUCACGAAACGCCUCUGAGCAGGAUUAGGUGGUAUGGUGCAUACUGGAGGAGGAGGAGGCCCUGAACCAUAAGCCCAUGUACCAGAGGUCUGGUAUGAGGCCUGAGGCCUGGGCUAAAGUGGUCAAAACUUUGCUGACAUGAAGCAAAACCAGGUUGUAAGCUAGAGGCAGGCCCUGCUCACGCAGACACAUUCCAGGGUGGUACCCGAACACCUCGAUACCAGCACAUUGCCCACAGAUCUCAGGAACCCACUGACCCACCUUAAGGACAAAGUCAGAUAACAACAUGAUGAACACAGGUGUUUUGUUCAAACCAACCCGUACAAGGUAACGGGUGGCCCCUGGAUAUGUCAGUGGCUGGCACCCUGAUCCAUCAGAAGUGAUACAUAACUUGUUUGUAUCUGUGUAUAGAGAUGUAUCUCAGAGACUGUCUUUGUCCGGUCUAGGGGAUAGCGGAAAGUCCUGCCAGCAGCUGAGCUAGUCCAUCGCAAUGGGCAUACAUGCGUUAGCGUACCUGUAAUCGUCAAGCCAGGGCAUUAGGACUGUGCUUUAUUGACAAUAAACCUGACCAAGCGCCUUCGCAUCUUAAUGGAUCGUGUGGUCAUUGAGCGGUUCGCUCGAGGUUGGCUGUGCCAGCUGUCUGCGCAGAGCUGGGAUGGCACA